AUGCCCACCAUCGGAAUUGAUCUGGGUACAACCUAUUGCUGUGUGGCCACAUUCUUGAACGGUGUGGUUGAAAUCAUUCCGAAUGAUCAGGGUAAUUUAACUACACCAAGCUAUGUGGCGUUCACGGAGACACAACGCCUCGUCGGUGAAGCGGCUAAGGAACAAGCAGCCCGGAAUCCUUUGAACACGGUGUACGAUGCCAAGCGUCUCAUUGGACGUCGAAUCGAUGAGACCACUGUGAAGGAUGAUCGUUUAAACUGGCCAUUUGAUGUGCUACAUCAUCAGGGGAAACUAAAGAUCCGCGUUGAGGUUGAUGGACUGGGUCGUUUGUUUCUGCCGGAGGAAAUCUCCUCCAUGUUGCUGGUCAAAAUGAAGCAAGUUGCUGAGGCAUAUCUGGGUACCACAGUGACCGAUGCGAUCAUUACCGUGCCCGCCUAUUUUAACAACACACAACGCCAAGCGACGAAAGACGCCGGUAUCAUUGCCGGUUUGAAUGUGCUUCGAGUGAUCAGUGAACCGACCGCGGCUGCCAUCGCUUACGGAGUGGAUGCAACCAACAAGAGGGAGUGUAACGUGCUGGUGUAUGACCUUGGCGGAGGCACUUUCGAUGUGUCCGUACUCAAUAUCAAGAACAAUAAAUUUGUCGUGAAAUCGACUUUUGGAAAUACGCAUUUGGGAGGACAAGAUUUUGAUCAGCGCUUGAUUGACUAUUGUGCGAACACGUUUCAGCGCAAAUACAAUCAGGAUAUGCGACUGGAUAAAUCGGCUAUGCAUCGACUACGUACAGAAUGUGAAAGGGUUAAGCGAUUGCUCAGUGCCGAAAUGGAAGCGUUUCUGGAAGUGGAAAAUAUUCACAAUGGAAUAACCCUAAGUAUGAGAAUCACACGAGCCAAAUUUGAAGAACUUAAUGCGGAUUUAUUCAAAAAAACUUUGGAACCACUAACUCAAGCCUUGAAGGAUGCCCAGUUACAACGGCAUCAGAUUGAUGAGGUGCUGAUGGUAGGUGGGUCUACGCGAAUACCUAUGAUACGCAAACUGGUGAAAGACUAUUUCGAUGGAAGACGACUGAACACGUCGAUAAACCCGGACGAGGCCGUUGCACGUGGAGCAGCUCUGCAGGCGGCAAAAAUGAGUGGAGAACAAGAUGAACUGAUCAAAGAUUUGGAAAUGAAAGAUGUGACACCUCUGUCCCUGGGCACAGAAUUGUACGAUGGACGAAUGCGUGUGGUUAUAAGACGAAACACCCCGAUACCAAUCACCCAAAGUAAAGGUUUGCAAACCACUCGCGAUAAUCAAUCCAAUUGUCCAUUUAGCGUGUACGAAGGUGAGCGUGUUAUGGCUGUGGAUAAUCACUUGCUAGCCAGCUUCGAACUGACCGGUCUGACUCCAGCUAGAAGGGGACUGGUCAAAUUCGAUUUAACUUUCCACGUGGAUGAAGACGGUAUUCUCACUGUGGCUGCCAGUGAGCGUGGUACGGACAAUCAAGAAAAAAUCAAAAUUACCAAAACCGCAGACGGAUUAACCGAGGAAGAUGUGAAACGUAUGCGGCUGGAAGCGGAGCGAUUCAAAGCCAUGGACGAGGAUCACCACGACCGGAUGUUAGUUUGGCACGCAUUGGAGACGUGUGCCUAUUCAAUUAAACGACGCAUUGAAUCGGGCAAAAAUUGCCCCAAUCUAAGUGAGUUUGACCGUCACACCAUGUUGCAAAAAUGUGAGCAGACAAUGGAAUGGUUACACUCCAAUCGAAUGGCCUCCCAAGAAAUGCUGGAGAACAAAAUGUCCGAACUAGAGGAAGUGUGCCGUCCAGUUUUGAAAACGAUGCGCCAAUAG